UGAUUCUCAUCUAUCAUUUUCGAUGUGGCACCAACAAGUCAUGACUCAACCAAACCUGACCCAAGAACCCAAUCUCCACCUCGGAAGGCCUAAUCGAACAGGAUGGCUAACCGGUGGAGGAGGAGAUAGACUCACCUCCACUCACGACCUUGUCCAACAAAUGUACUAUCUCUACGUCCGAAUUGUAAAAGCUAAAGAUCUCCCAUUCAAUCCCAUUACCGGCGGCGGUUGCGAUCCCUAUGUUGAAGUCAAGCUCGGAAACUACAGGGGACGUACUCGACACUUCGAGAGCAAAACAAACCCCGAAUGGAACCAAGUUUUUGCUUUCUCAAAAGACAGAGUUCAAUCCUCUGUAUUGGAGGUAUUCGUCAAAGACAAAGACACCAUUGGGAGAGACGACCAUCUCGGGAGUGUACUUUUCGACUUGAACGAGAUUCCCACUCGUGUCCCACCUGACAGCCCGUUGGCUCCUCAAUGGUAUAGAUUAGAAGACAGAAGAGGCCAAGGGAAGAAUGCGAAAGGAGAAAUCAUGAUCGCGGUUUGGAUGGGAACGCAAGCCGACGAAGCAUUUCCUGACGCUUGGCAUGCCGAUAAUGCGUUACUUCAAGGAGAAGGCGUUUUGAAUGUCCGAUCCAAGGUUUAUGUAUCUCCCAAACUAUGGUACAUUCGAGUUAAUGUAAUCGAAGCUCAAGAUGUUGUUCCUAACGACAAAACCCGUUCUCCUGAAGUUUUCGUGAAAGCCCAAAUCGGGAAUCAAGUGUUGCGAACCAAGAUAUGUUCGAAUUUGAACCAAUUGUCUAACCCUUUAUGGAACGAGGAUUUUGUUUUCGUAGCUGCGGAGCCGUUCGAGGAUCAACUAGUGUUAACCAUUGAGGACCAUGUUCACCAAACCAAGGACGACGUUUUAGGAAAGUUAACACUUCCCCUUGACAUCUUCGAGAAAAGGUUAGACCAUAGACCUGUUCAAUCCCGUUGGUAUAACCUCGAGAAAUUCGGAUUCGGCGCGUUAGAAGCCGACAGACGAAAAGAGAUGAAAUUCUCAAGCCGAAUCCACAUUCGGGUUUGUCUAGAAGGCGGUUACCACGUCUUAGACGAGUCCACUUUGUACAUAAGCGAUCAACGCCCAACCGCGAGACAGUUAUGGAAGCAACCCGUCGGAAUACUCGAAGUCGGAAUCCUCGGAGCACAAAAUCUUCUCCCAAUGAAGAUGAAAGACGGUCGAGGAACCACGGACGCGUACGUCGUGGCGAAAUACGGUCAAAAAUGGGUACGAACGAGAACGGUUCUCGACUCGUUUGUCCCGAAAUGGAACGAGCAAUACACUUGGGAAGUAUACGACCCGUCGACGGUCAUAACGUUGGGUGUUUUCGACAACUGUCGACUUAAUGUCGGAACAGAGGGAAAAGAUUGUCGUGUCGGGAAAGUGAGGAUUCGAUUGUCGACGCUUGAAGCUAAUAAAAACUACACUCAAUCUUACCCUCUUCACGUUCUACAUCCAACCGGGUUAAAGAAAAUGGGCGAGCUAAAUCUCGCGUUUCGAUUCACCAGCCUUUCGCUAGCACACAUGAUUUAUAUCUACGGGCAACCACUGCUACCGAAAAUGCAUUAUCUUCAACCAUUCAGUGUGAAUCAGCUCGACAAUCUAAGGUAUCAAGCGAUGAACAUCGUGGCGACUAGGCUCGGGCGGGCCGAGCCUCCUUUAAGGAAGGAGGUUGUUGAAUACAUGUUGGACGUGGAUUCUCAUAUGUGGAGUAUGAGGAGGAGUAAAGCGAAUUUCUUCCGUAUAAUGUCGCUUUUCUCCGGCGCUAUAUCCGUCGGUAAAUGGAUUGGCGACGUUUGUCAUUGGAGAAACCCUGUUACGUCAGUAUUGGUUCAUGUUCUGUUUCUGAUAUUGAUUUGGUAUCCGGAGCUUAUAAUGCCGACUCUAUUUCUCUACAUGUUUCUGAUUGGUCUAUGGAACUAUAGGUUUAGGCCGAAGCAGCCUAGUCAUAUGGACCCGAAGUUAUCGUGGGCUGAGACGGUUAAUCAAGACGAAUUGGACGAAGAGUUUGACACGUUUCCUAGUUCGAAACGCGACGAUUUGGUGAGGAUGAGGUAUGAUAGGGUGCGGAGUGUGGCUGGAAGGAUUCAGACGGUGGUUGGCGAUUUGGCGACGCAAGGGGAGAGGAUUCAGUCGGUGUUGAGCUGGAGAGAUCCGAGGGCGACGAGCGUUUUCGUGUUGUUUUGUCUUUGUGCGGCGAUGGUGAUGUAUGUGACGCCUUUUCGCGUUCUGGCUUUGGUUUGUGGAUUGUAUUGGUUGAGACAUCCUAAGUUUAGAAGCAAGUUACCUUCUGGUCCCAACAAUUUCUUCAGGAGAUUGCCUGCUCGUGCAGAUAGCUUGCUCUAAGCUAACACCCUUAAUAAUAAGAUUAUAUAUAUGUUCAAUCAUUUUCAAAUAAACCACUUCUAUCAAAACUUUAUUAAUCAAAUAUUUGUUUUCAUGAGUUCAUUGGGGGUUUCUUCUGUGGUAAUUGUAGUAAAA